AUCCGAGACGAAUAUCUUGACCCUCCGCGACAAUGAGUCAGUACGUUCAUAUACCGAAGUCCGAGCUCGAUGAGGCACAGUUGCGACAGCUGGAGGAGCAUGAGAUCAGCCAAGGACCACUGUCGGUGCUGCAACAAGCCGUCAGAAACCACACACAGGUCUUGAUCUCCCUCCGAAACAACAAGAAGCUUCUUGCACGCGUCAAGGCUUUUGAUAGGCACAGUAACAUGGUCCUUGAGAAUGUCAAGGAGAUGUGGACCGAAGUUCCAAAAGGAAAGAACAAGAAGCCUGUGAACAAGGAUCGGUUCAUUAGCAAGUUGUUCCUAAGAGGCGAUUCCGUAAUUUUGAUUCUGCGUAAUCAGGCGUGAGCUUCGCGUGCCUACUGUUACUUGGAGACACACUCUCUUGCAAAUUUUUCUCUCGACAACCACCAAAAUUUGAAUCUUCUACGUUCUCGGUCACCUUUC